CAAUACAGCUUCAAGUCAGCGUUUCUUUUGAUACAACCCACUUCUUAGUAAUCUCCCCAGUACCUACAUUGUAAGCACUCUUUCGUGUCGUGUAACCUUUCAACUCGAGACGCUGUCAGGUGCACCAUGGCCGGAGCAGCGUCGUCGCAGCGUUUCUCCGUUCCAUGGCCGGCGUCUCCUCCGUUUCCGUGCCGGAUUCCUCUCACCUCACACCGGAGUCGACUCUCCCCUCACCGAAUUUGUCUCACCUCGCACCGAAUCCGAUCCUUCCUCCAUUUCCAGAUCGCAGCUGUCAUCGGCGCGCUGCUACUCUCUUUCGCAGCCGCAUCGGUGUCCCCCUCGACGAAAUUUCAUAAUGCCGUUUCUUCGACGAAGUUUCAUAAUGCCUUUCCUUCGAGAAUCUCUCAUGCUGCCGUUCCGUCGCCAGCAUCGUUCCCAGGCUCCACCGUUAGUCUCCAUCCGUCCCGCGACUUUCGUCCGUCCGAUUCAUUGAUUCCGGAUGAGGACGAUUACGUGGCUCCGUGGAACCUAGACGAGGAUGAUGACGUGGCGCCGAGGACGCCAGAUGGUGACGUGGCUCCGUGGAGGCUAGACGGGGAAGAAUCAGGCGAUGCGGCGCGCGGUUCAGUCCCCCGCAGAAAGCUCAUCUCGGGCGAUGCGCGCGGUACCCUCCCCCGCAGAAAGCUUAUAUCGAGCGAUGCGCGCGCCGGUGCAUUUUCUCGCAGAAAGCGCUGGAAGGAGCGGCUGGUGCGGAAGCUGGGUCCGGGGAAGAAUAAUCUCCGCGAGUACCUCCGCGCGGAGGGCUCCCUGCGGUCCGAGAAUCUAACUACGCGAUACCGAAUGGAGUCGCUCCACCACGUGUUCUUAGACUACCACAACCAGUCGCACCAGCAAACGGACGAUCUGCAUAUUAGGUGCAAGGGUGGGGAGUGCCCGGAUUUUCAGCAAUGCUCUGGGAAUUUUACCGCGGUGGAUGCGUGCUAUUGUCCCGAUAUGGAGGAUUUGAGUCGCCGGGCAGCCUUGGCGCCGCUGAACUGCCCGCGAAUAAAGAAGGUUUUGGUGGAUUCCCCGCUGAAUGUCAAGCCGGUUAGGAUAGUGUUCGAUCCGAACUGCUCGCACUCGGAAGACGACAUUCCGCACUUUGCGUGGGUGAGCCAGAUGUUUAAUCUGCGCCACGUGUAUUUCAACUCGCGCGGCCAGGCGUUCAACGACUCUUUCCUCUACGACCGGAACGGCUGCGGCAGCGAGCACAAGUUCGACAUACCCGAGGGAAUACGUGUAACAGUAUAUGACAAGAUAAUCAACCUGGCCCACUGGAACGCGUACCAGUUCUACCACGGCAUCCUGGAGCUGGUGCCCGUCUUCUUCAUGCUCUCCAAGGCGCCGCACCUCGUGCGCUCGCUGCCCAUGGCGGUGCAGUACCUGCAGAUGGACUUCCUCGAGAAGCUGGGCACGUUCUUCAUCGGGCUGGACACGGUGCACAUGCACCUGCGCGUGGUGCCGGACGACGAGGUCUUCUUCGCGCACCAGGUGCUUCAGCCCUACUACCAGUGGUGUGGGCGGCCCAGUCGCUCGCUCUGGCGUCACUUCCGUCGGCUCUACCUGCUGCCUGCGGACGGCCUCCCCAUGUUCCUCCCCGACUGGACCCCGCGCAUCAACAGCGCCAUGCAGGCAGACUCUGCCAUCUUCCCAGGUGCGCCUGCCGACUGGGUGGUGAUCCUAGCCAGGCGCUACAAUACGCGGGCACUGGAGCAGCAUGCGGAGGUGGAGGAGAUGCUGUGUUCGCUGUUCCCCCGAGAGCGAGUGGUGGUAUUUGAUGGCAGCCUGCGCAUUGCUGACGCCAAGGCUCUGUUCAAUCGAGCUGUGUUAUUCGUGGCGGUGCACGGAGCAGCGCUGACCAACACCAUCUUCAUGCCGUUCAACUCUGUAGUACUUGAACUGCGACCCAGAGACUUCCACAAGGCAUGCUACCACCACUUGGCAGAGGUGUGCGACCUGCACUACCUGCUGCUGCUGUGCGACGGGGCCAAAGACACUCCAUUAUCGUGUGACUCUAACGAGUUAAAAACCGUCUUGGAGGACGUGCAUGGUCGCGUGGAGAAAGUGUUGGAGUUGGGGCAAGAGGUGCAGCUGGAGGAGGGUGAAGAGCAGCGUUGACCUGCAUUGACUAGUCUUGAUCAGUGUUGACCAGUAUUGACUUGGCUGAGGCGUGCUACCACCACCUGGCAGAGGUGUGCGACCUGCACUACCUGCUGCUGCUGCGCGACGGGGCCAAGGACACACCGCUCUCAUGUGACUCGAGUGAGCUGAAAGGCUUUCUGCAGGGGGUGCAUGGCAAAGUGGAGAAGGUGGUGGAUUUGGGGGCAGAGGUGCAGCUGGAAGAGGGUAAAGAAGAGCAUUGACCAGCGUUGACCAGAGUUAGUCCAGCGUUGACCAGCGUUGACUAGGCAGAGGUGCGCUACAACCACCUGGCAGAGGUGUGCGACCUGCAAUACCUGCUGUUGCUGUGUGAGGGGCCAAGGACGCGCCUAUCGUGCGACUCUAACGAGUUGAAGAACGUUCUAGCGGAGGAGCAUGGUAAGGUGGAGGAGUUGCUAGAGUUGAGGCCAGAGGUUCAGCUGGAGGAGGGGCAAAGGCGGCACUGACCAGCAUUGGCUGCCAUGACCUGCCAUGGCCAACAUGUUCUGCCAUCACCUGCCAUCACCCGCUGCAGUUGGUGGACGACCAACCAUGCUCCACGUGGUUUCGCUGCUGUGUGGUGGGCUAUAGAGCGUUGACACGAUAACUGCUUUACACUCAUCUGUGCCCAACAAAGGCACGUCAUGGCUGUGCGAAUAUGCACUGGCUGUGUGCGCUACCAUUGCAUGGUUUUUAUCUCUAGAUGCACUUCAUGCUACCUCAAUACGCGUUCCCUUUUCAUGCUGUCAACGUGCUGGAGAUGUGAAAUGACGGAUCCACCUUGAAGCCUUUCUAUGGCUUUAGUUUUGAGACGUUCCCCCCCUUAGAAUGUAUCGAAACUAUAUAAAAUUUCACUGUUCUG